CACGAAGUUUGUGUCCUCCAGCUGGUCUGUAGUAUUUCCAGUAGCAAAUAUGGUCAGAUAUAACAAGAUAGAAAAUAAUUAUUGUUAUGUAAGCCUGUACAGUUGUUAAUGGCGUGUAGCUGUAAGUUGAACAAAUAUACAGCGCGACUGAAUGUAGGGUUAAAGUUACUUCAGCAGUCCUUCUUCAGGAGGCUGAGUUCAAGGUGUGGUGGUGAGCCCAUGGAGAAACCAUCAUCUUCAGACAAAGCAGCGCUGGAGGAGAGGAAAGGCCUGGUGGAGGAUGGUGAAGUGCUGCGAGGGGCUGAGGGUGGUGAGGCAGAUCCUCAGGCACAGACCCCUAGGAAGAGCAGCUCCUCCCGUUCCUCCCGCAAAAGCUUCCGCCUGGACUACCGAUUAGAAGAGGACGUGACCAAGUCUUCUCGAGACAAACACGGCCGCUGGACCAAUCCCUGGUCCACAUGGCGGUUCCCUUCCUACUCCACCCUGCUCAGGUUCCUGUUGUGGGACAAAAAUCACAGCAAUGUACCAGCUAGUAAAGAGGUUCUAGACAGUGAGCUCCCAGUGCUGGAACCGUAUUUUGUUAAUAACCUGGACCACUCUGAAUCCAGUCCAGGUCUGAGAGUCACCUGGCUGGGUCAUGCCACAGUUCUGGUUGAAAUGGACGGGCUGAACAUUCUAACAGACCCAAUUUUCAGCCAGAGGGCCUCACCGGUCCAGUUCAUGGGGCCCAAAAGGUACAGAGGGCCCCCCUGCACUGUGGAACAGUUGCCUAGGAUCGAUGCUGUUGUCAUUAGUCACUCUCAUUAUGAUCACCUGGAUGCUGGAUCUGUGGAAAGCCUUAACGAACGCUUUGGAGGGGAGCUACGCUGGUUCGUGCCCCUGGGUUUAAUGGACUGGCUGGUAAAGAUGGGCUGUGAGAACGUGAUGGAGCUGGACUGGUGGGAGGAGAACUGUGUGCCGGGUCAUGAUGAUGUCACAUUUGUGUGCACACCGUCUCAGCACUGGAGUAAACGAACCGCAGUGGACGACAACAAAUCUUUAUGGGGCAGCUGGUCUGUUUUAGGUCCAGACCAUCGCUUCUUCUUCGCUGGUGAUACCGGUUACUGCUCAACUUUCCAGGAGAUUGGGCGACGCUUUGGACCGUUUGACCUCGCAGCAAUUCCUAUUGGAGCUUACCUGCCCAGGGACGUGAUGAAGGGGCAGCAUGUAGACCCAGAGGAGGCAGUUCAGAUUCACCAAGACCUUCAGGCCAGACAGUCUGUGGCUAUUCAUUGGGGAACCUUUGCCCUCGCCUAUGAGUACUACCUGGAGCCACCGGUUCGUCUCAGAGAGGCCCUGGAACAGAAAGGUCUCAAACCAGAAUCCUUCUUCACCUUGCAUCAUGGGGAGUCUCGCCUUAUAGCCUCACAGAGUGGAGACGUGUUUGACUGAUCCUAUCUGUGGCUGUGUUGUGGGCUGAUUUUAGAUUUGUGUCUGUAACAAAGUGCACAACAUUUUGUUUGAAAUGCAUACACAUAUUAAGCUUUCAAUGGACAAAAAAGAGAAAAUGUUCUACCAUAUUGUUUACAUACUGAAUGUUUGCCCUGCCAUAAUCACAGCAGGCAGCACCACCUACAGCAGCUGUGAAGUGACUAAAAACAUCUUUACAUAAUGGAGUACAUGUUCUUAAUUAUUUAGGGCAAAGGUCAGCACUUAAUACUGUGAGGCCAGUGUUUGCACAGUGUGUGAGAUUUAGAUCAUUCCAAUAGUUUCUUUUAAAUCCGCAUCAAACUGAGAAAUUAAGCACAGGUAACAAACUUCACCUGUUUUAUGAUCCCAAAGAAGAAUGUAACAGCUGUCAAUAAUUACACUUAGAACAUUUUCUGCAGUUAUUUUGUUUUUCUAUAAAGUGAUGAUUUGCAUUUUGCUGCACAUUCAUUUCAGAAUAGUUUUUGUGGUUUACAUGCAGCUUCAGAAACCUUUCAGCCUUCAUUUCUGGCUGAUACGAUGAUCUGGACUGCAGGAGAAGGUUAAAAACAACUGCUGAAAAGAAAUCUGUUUGCACUUACAUGGAACAUGAAUGCUUGCUGUUACUUUAGUAACCAGCUCUCUUUUGGUGGAGAUUGUUACGUUGUUAACUGCUGAAACUCAAACUGUCACUAUCAUGCUGGACUGGAGACUGAAGUCAUGCAGCUGUGUGUUCACACACAGUCGGACUUCUUCUGAGCUGUAAUAGAAAAAGAGAAAGAGCUUGAAAUAUUAGAAAGUUAUUUAGAGUAGUGAUUAUCACAGAUAAUGCUGGCUAAUGCCACAAUACAAAAAGGUAUCCUAUUUUACCCUGAAUGUAUUCUGGCCAACUACAUGCGACACUGAAGUGUAACAUCUAUUUUUUUUCUUCUAUAUGAUAAACUCCCAACCGCUGUAUUCCAACAGAAGUUGCAGUUUCAUGCAGAUGUUGAGCUGGGUUCAACUUCAUGCACUGCAAACAGAGUGGAUUGUUCCUGCUUCAGACAUUUGUUUCCAAUGCUCUGAAACCACAGCACAGAACGUUUCUUUCCCAUCUUUGAACUUUCUUUAGAGAGCAACAGUAGAAUCAUUUUAGUACUUGAUUUUUCAAGUGAUUUCUUUUAAAAAAAAAGUUUUAUUGCCAUCUUUUCAGUUAGAAUGCAAGACUAGACAGCAGCACAAUGUUGAGCUCAUUUACCAUAGUAGCCUGAUUUUAACUACAAGGUCAAACUGGCUAGUUUUUUUGCAAUUGAUCUUAAAUUUCAUAUUGUAAUUCUCAAUUUUUCAUCUUGCUUGUUUUUUUGUUUUUUUUACUGUCAAUUUAAAGCUGAACCUCCAAACAGUGCUUUCAAAUGUGUUAUCGAAACAAAUCUGGGGGAUAUUCUAGUCAUAGUAUUUGUACAAUUUGAACAUUUCUAACUUUGGCGCCUACUAGUGGUAGAUCUUGGUAGACAUCUUGAUUCAAUCUGCAAUAAUUCAGUGGAAAUUUUGCAUUUUACACAAUGAAAAUGAGGCAUGAAAUGUUUUCUGGUUUUUUGAUUCUGCAUUUUUAUUGGCCUUUUAAACUGUGGUGCCCAUACAACAAAUACAAUGUUCACACUGCCAUAUACCACAUAUUACAACACAAUGUCAGUAGGCUGGUGUGUAUUCUACUUGUGAAGAUAUAAAAUACAAUAAAUAUGAACUGUA